AUGGCAGUUUCAGCGGCUGACGAAGAAAUAUGGUUCUACGAUGAGGCUUUGGAGUUAUCUGAUGAGGAAUUCACCGACUUCAUGUAUAUUAAAGAUGAUACCACUCAUCAAUGGCAGCGAUGUCCAAUAAGUGUGCUUGAUUCUUUGUGUGGUACCAUAGUAAAACUACUGCUAUUUUCUGCUCUGAAACGGUUUCUCGUAUUUUUACAUGCUAGAGAGAUAGUAAGUAAAUUCACACUCCAUUUAACCUUCGUAGCUUCUGGGCUGUUUGUAAUAGGAACCCAAAAUAAUUUAUCGUCGAUUUGUAUAUAUAUUGCAUUGACUGUUGUAUUUCCGUAUUAUAACUUCCUCUUCAACAAGCAGACUAAGUUUGUGAUGUUGGCGUAUUCGAUCGGUAUGCUUCUAGUUUGGCAGUAUUUUUCUACGGCUAAAGAAUUUAUGUCAAUGCGUGGUAUACUAAUGAUUGUGCUAAUGAAAAUUACUUCACUAUCGUUUGAUCUUGCCAAUGAAUUUUACGGCAACAUCACAUUGUUGCACUUACUCUCCUAUAUAUUUGAUAGUUCAACUGUAUUGUUUGGUCCAUGGAUUACUUACAGACAAUACCAAGAUUCGUUGUAUCUGAAGGAAUUCAAAGCAGAAAUUAUUAAUUUUUUCCGUGGUCUCAGCUACAUUGCUCUAUCAUUAUUCGCUGUUAUCUAUUCGUCGUGCAUUGCCGAUAGUUUUAUAGAAUUGCCUUUCGUUGGAGCAUACUUUGUUGCUCAAUCAUUUCGAUUUAGUCAUUAUUUUGUAAGCUGGUUCUCUGCGGGUACUUCAUUACUGUCUGGUAUUGAUUCGGGUAUUGUCGCUGACUGGAUUCAUAUCGAACUGCCUCGUUCGCUUGUGGAUGUUGUUGUUUCAUGGAAUAUACCAAUGCACCGAUUUUUGCAUCAGUAUAUUUUUGGAGAGACUAGAAAAUAUGGUUCUGCAGCUGCAAUUUUCGUUACUUACGUUGUUAGUUCCCUCUUUCAUGGCAUCAAUUUCCAAUUAUCUGCUGUGCUACUUUCAUUGGGACUCUACACAUAUGUUGAGACAAAAAUAAGGAGUAAAUUGAGUCGCCGCAUAGAUUCAUGCGUUCGUGCAAGGAUAUGCCGCAAAGAAUGUCACCAUACAUGUAAAGAGGAUGCUUUAAGUACAUUAACUAUCAAUAUGUUGUUUCGAGCUCUAGCUCUAACACAUUUGGUAUACCUUGGAAUGGCAUUUGAUGACAGCACUGCAGAAACAGGGUAUUCCUGGAGACAUACACUUUCUGUAUGGGCUGACUCGUACUAUUUUAGUCAUGUCAUCGGAUUAUUUAUGUUGUUAUUGUCAUCGGCUUUUUAA